UUUUUUUUUGAUAACCUUUCUCUCUUUAUUCUUUACAUGGUUUACUUGUUUUAUUGUUGUUAUCUUUUACGAUCUCUUCAUCCAAACUAUCAAAAUAAAGUAUAUGUAGGUUCUACACCUGAUCCCAUUAAGCGACUUCGACAACAUAAUGGUGAUCUUACUCAAGGGGCUUAUAAAACAGAAAAACGUAGGCCAUGGGAAAUGGUACUUUUUGUUUAUGGGUUUCCCAGUCAACAAUCUGCAUUACAGUUCGAAUGGGCUUGGCAACAUCCAACAAAGUCAAGGCAUACAAAACGACAAUGUAUUUAUGAAACAGCACAAAGUAAACUUGGACCACCUGCUCAUGCCAAUCUCUAUUUCACCAAACUACGCGCUCUCUAUGAUCUUUUAUGCACAAAACCUUUUACUCGUUGGCCACUCAAGAUUCAUUUUAUGACUUUAUCACAUCAAGUAUUAUUUUUAACUGAAGCUCCUUCUGGUUGUUUGACUAAUUUACCAUCACAACUUUAUUUAUCCAAUGGACCGAUGCAAGAUUUAAUCAGUUUUAUUGAUCCAUCUGACAGCGACGAUCCUUCUGCAGGGUGGUUUGACGAUCUACCCAACGACAUUGAUUGCCAUGUGUGCCGAUUAGCCAUGAACAAAAAAGCAACGGACCGAUAUGUAUGCUGUCCUGGCAAUUACUCUCAAUCAUGCAUAAUGGUGGCUCAUCUUACAUGUUUAGCCAAUUUAUUUCUAUCGAAUGAUGUUUCCUGCAAUUUAAUUCCUGUGGAAGGUCAAUGUCCUGCAUGUGCUACUCGAUUGGUAUGGGGCGAUUUGAUUUACGAUAUGCAAUUACGAAAAAUACGAUACAAUAGUAGUAUAGCAAAUGAUGAUAAUAACAAUGAUGAGAUCAACAAGGAUAAUGAUGAUGGUAGUGGUGGUGCUAACAAUCAUGACUUGAAUGACAAUGAUACUACAUAGGGCAAAAUUACUUGAUGGGAAAAUAUCAACAAAUAGUGAUUCAGUAUGGAAUACAUAGAUCAUAAACAGUAAUGAUUCAUUCAUUUCAACAAUGGAUAGACAAAUGAUAUCUCGGUUUUAACUUUAUUCUUAUGAUACCCCCGCUCUUCUUUUAGAAUAAUUUAUUUACUCAAAUACCUAUUUUAUUUUAUUUUUUUUAAUAAAGACGUAUCUAUAUAUG